GCUCGGAAAACUCUGAUAACAAUAAAACCAACAACAAUUUUCGAGACCGAUAAUUGUUCUAUCAACAUCACAAUGGACGCCUCAGCACUGCAAAACUCGCGCCGUCGCGCCAACCCUUCCAAAAAGCCCAGAGGAAACCCUAACAAGCGUCCUAAGACCAACGAGCCCAGAACAAACGAGCCCAAGACCAAUGAGCCCAGGGCCAACGACCCCAGAGAGCAACAGAACCGCGGUCAAAGAAAUGCUGCUGUCCCUCUUGCGCCUGUGGCUCCGCUCUCCAUUCCGGUCCCCUCUGAUUCGAUGAGAUUUACGGACCUGAAGAAUCUGCUGGAUCCGCUUCUUCUUCAGACCAUCACUGAUGACCUGAAAUUUGAUCAUAUGAUGCCCGUGCAAGAGGCCACUCUCCAUGAACUGUUGGAGAAGCGCAUCGACUGCCUUGCUCAAGCCAAGACCGGAACUGGAAAGACUGUUGCUUUCCUUUUGCCUGCCAUUCAAACUCUGAUCAACAAGAACAAGCCUCGCGGAUCUGGCAUCUCUCUGUUGGUUAUCUCGCCCACUCGUGAACUGGCCAUGCAAAUUGCCAAGGAAGCAUCGAACCUACUCCAGCGUCUCCCUCAAUUCAAGGUCUGCUGCGCCAUCGGUGGUACCAACAAGGACAAGGAGGAGCGCGACAUCCUUAGAGGAGAUGGCUGCGACAUCCUCAUCGCCACCCCCGGUCGUCUUUACGAUCACCUUGGAAACAGACAAAUCACAGACGCCUUCCGCAAUCUCGACACACUGGUUCUGGACGAGGCCGAUAGAUUGCUUGACAUGGGUUUCAUGGAGGACCUCAAGAAGAUCAUCAGAUGUCUGCCCGACAAGGAGAUGUCGAAGCGCCAGGGAAUGCUCUUCUCCGCAACCAUCGCACCCCAUGUUCAGCAAUUCGCUCAUCUUGUCCUCGCAUCUGGCUACAAGUUCAUCUCCACUAUUCCUGCGGGCGAGGCUCAAAUCCACCAACGUGUACCUCAACUUCUUGUUACGGUCGAGUCUUGGGGUCAGGUCGUCCCCGCCAUGGUAGCAUCCAUCCAGUCUGAGUGCAAGCUCAUUGGCAUUGCUGAGUUCAAGGCCAUUGUCUUUGCGCCCACUGCAGCUCUUGCCGAUUUCUACAACGACGUCCUCUCAAACAUCACCGGCCUGCCCCGCGCAAAUGUCCUACACGCCAGAGUCAGCCAGUCGCGCCGUACAAAAGUCACAAACGACUUCCGCGAGGCCAGCAGCGCCAUCCUGGUUGCCACUGACGUUGUUGCUCGUGGUCUCGAUUUCCCUGGCGUUUCUAACGUCUUCCAAAUUGGUCUUCCCGCAGACAAGGAAUCUUACAUCCACCGUCUGGGACGUACCGCACGUGCAGGCAAGGAGGGCAGAUCCAUCUUCAUCGUCACUGAGCCAGAAUCCUUCUUCCCUCGCUACAUCCUCAAGGCCAUCACUUUCGAGACCGCCAACCCUGACUUCACCUCCGUGGCUCCUCAAGUUGAGGCUAUCGUCAACAAGUACGAAGCCAAGGGCAAGACUUACCAGGCAUGGUUGGGCUUCUACAAGGCUCACGCCAGAGCCAUGAAGUGGAGUGACGAUCAACUUGUCGCUGAGGCCAACAAGUUCGCCAUUGAAGCACUGAACUGUGGCGAGAUUCCGGGUCUGGAGAGAAAGACCGUUGGCAAGAUGGGCUUGAAGGGCGCAAGAGGUCUGAACAUUGUUGCCAACCUGCCUCAAAAGUCAAACGGUGGUCGUGGUGGCGGCGGUGGUGGUAGACCUAAGGGCAACGCUGCCAGAUAAAUGGAUUUACACGGUCGAAGGUCCGAAGAUGCCUUUGUCGGUCGUUGGGCGGAAACAAAAGACUGCAUAGGAAGCAGACACAGGGCGGUUUGACGGCGAAUAUGGCGUAAGCUUGAUUUCAAAAUAGAUGAUACCCCAAAAGCAAUAGAAAGGAGGUCUAGACAGAUUCAAUCGAUUACCAAGAUUACUCACUCUUCAUAUACUGUACAAGUCAGGCUGGCAUAUCAGUCUACAAAGAUAGAAGACAUGUACACUGAGUAAAUACGCGACCAAAUCUAGGCCUUUCUGUGUCCUUUGCAAAGUAGGAUGGGCGACGGAAGAGCCAGUAAUCAACACACCCAGCAUUUCUCAGACGUUCGCUUGUAGACACAAUGGAUACUGCCAGACCUUGUUGAGUCAACAGAUGAAAGUAUUCAACAGGGAAAGUAGCCAUGAAGAUCACGUUCGGCAGGUAAUAAGCCCGGCGAGCCGCCCAGCACCA